AUGGCCUUAGAGCACCCGCAGUGUGGGUGUCGAAGCUGGGUCUAUGCAUUUAAUGCAAACAAAGGACCCAAGGGUAGUUUUAGUAGGCUGCUCGCCACUGAUCCCAGGAAUCCAAGAGCAGAUAACACAAACUUCCAGCACAUCCCAAAUUUCACACGCAACACUUUCAACCAGAAUCAGUUCCUCAUCCCACAACCACCAUUCAACCAGACUCAGUUGCCCACCCCACCACCACCAUUCAACCAUUCCCAUUAUCCCCAACAUAGUUCGCCUACUCAGGUCAUGCACAACCUGAAUCCCUUUGGUGGUGUAAGCAACCUCCAGCAGUAUGCCCAAUUCUCACCAAGUUAUCAAGAUUCAGCAACCCCGCAAUCGCAAAUAAGAAAGGUGGAGCAAGAUGACCAAAAGCAAGAUUCAAGCGGCAGCAGCCCGGAUGAACGAAGGAGGGCUGUGAGAAUUAAUUACAGUGAGGUCGAGAACCUACGCCUUGUUCUGAAGAAAGAACCCAAAUGGUAUAGAAGUAUACCUGGUACAGAUUGUUCAGACAAGAACAAAAGGACAAAAAUAGAUGAAUCUAGAGCAUACACUUCAUCUUCCAACCAAGACACAGAUGAGGCGGAGACAUUCAAAGAAGUGCGCCCAGAGGGGCAGAAGAAAGCAAAAGCUAGGAUGAGAGGAAAAGGAAAGGGAAAGGUCAUACCACAAUCUCCCCUAGGCUCGCAGCCAGAUGAAGACAUGGUUUUGUUUCACGAUGCUAUGUUGAAGAGAGCAAGUGCAUUAGAAAAAAUAACAGAAGCAUCCAAGGAGCAAGCUAGAAAUGAAAUGAUACAAAAGUACAUGGAUCAGCUAGAUAAGGAUACUUCCAACAUGAGUCCAACAGUACUGAAGUUGCAUGAACAACUCUUACAAAGUCUAGCCAAGGAACUAUUUCCAUCUUCCAACAACUAA